AGUUUAGUUAACACAAGUUAAUAUUGAAAGUUCAAAGGUCACAUCGGCAGGAAAGAUGGCGGCAGUCACGAGUAUGAAAAGUGUCCUCGUCAACAUUUUGAUUGUUUUUUCAUCUGUACGGGCAUAUAUCUCGCCAGGACCAUCAUUAGAUGAUGACAUGCUGCUACCCUUCCCAUCAUUUGAGAAGUGGCCCAGGCAUUCCCACCGCCAUGUCAGAGACUGUCAGCCUGAUAUAUUUGGUAACGCCACCCACGAAACAUUCCCUGCACAUAGAAACUCCAAUAUAACUGUCCCAUCUACCACCAGAUACUUUGUAACCAAGGUGGUGGACUCUCUUGACAAAGUUAAGAAUGGUUACGGACAUUAUACAGUGAUCAACAACCCACUGAGGACUUUUUCAGUGGUGGAGCCAGGUGGUUCGAAUGGUUGUAUCGAGCAUAGAAGAAGAACGGUUGAGAACACAUCCCAGGCUCGUACCUGCCAUGUAGCUGUCAAUGCAGGUUUCUUUAACACUCACACCGGAGCCUGUCUGGGGAACUUGGUGACAGAUGGGAAACGUAUACAAGACUCAGGAGGGAUACAAAAUGCCAACUUUGGGAUUAGGAAGGAUGGAACAAUCGUAGUUGGCUACCUGUCUGAGCUGGACGUGUUACGGGAAGACAACCCCUUUGUACAACUGGUGACUGGAGUUAUCUGGUUGGUCAGGAAUGGGAGUGUCUACGUGAACGAGAGUAGAACCACAGAAUGUGCAGACAUGCAGGAGACCGGUAGCCUGGAUAGGUUUGUGAAUGUGGUGUCAGCCAGGACUGCAGUUGGACAUGACGAGGAGGGGAGGGUUGUCCUGGUGCACAUAGAUGGACAGACAGGAGACAGAGGAGUGAAUCUGUGGGAGUUUGCAGACUACCUGCAGAGACUGGGGCUGGUGAAUGCCAUCAACCUGGAUGGAGGAGGGUCUGCCACAGUGGUAUUGAAUGGGAGUGUUGCUAACUACCCUUCUGACCACUGUGCUGACAACCCAGCCUGGCGCUGUGCCCGUGCAGUCUCCACGGCUCUGUGUGUGCACAGUCUGGACUGUGAGCCUGCAAACUGCAGUGGGCAUGGGGAGUGUGUGGAGGGGCAAUGUCAGUGUCAGUGCAGAUGGUCUGGUGCAGGGUGUGAAGAGCUGGACUGUGGUGAUUGUGGUCUCCAUGGUAACUGUACGGAGGAUGGCUGCGUAUGUGAGGAAGGCUGGUUGGGUGCCACCUGUGACGAGCCAGACUGUCAACCAUCGAACUGUUCUGGACAUGGCAUCUGUGUCAUGGGACAGUGUCAAUGUCAGGAGAAUUCUAACAGCUCGUGGAGUGGGCCAGCCUGUGAUGUCCUUCAGUGUGGCACAAACAACUGCAGUUCCCAUGGAAACUGCAUGGUGGAUGGAUGUGUGUGUGAGCCUGGUUGGGUGGGCAUGGAGUGUGAACUGACUUGUCCACCAGGUUUAUUUGGCCCCAACUGUGCGGUGCCCUGCACAUGUGAACAUGGAGCCACCUGUGACCCACAGACUGGAGCAUGUACAUGCCUACCUGGGUGGACUGGGGUGGCAUGUGACCAUGUCUGUCCCUUUGGGACAUUUGGACCAGAGUGCAGCCACAGGUGUGAGUGUGCUGACUCCUGCAGCUGUGACAGGGUGACAGGAGACUGUAACGUGACUCUCAACCAGACUCUGCCCACAGACUUGUACUCAGCGAGUCACUGCAUCGCAACUGGAGUCAUCAAGGAACAAGUAUCAAAGAUUCGGCAGGAGAUGGAGGAUCUUCUUAGAAACCCCUGGUUUAUAGCCUGUGUAAGCUGUGCCAGUCUGCUGUUCAUCAGCCUGGUCGGUAACAUCAUCCUCCUGUGUUAUCACUGCUCCUGUAGCUGCACCUCUCGUCCAAUCAAGUACUCCCACCUCCCCAUGCACGACCUCCCCUUCGACAGGUUCCAGGAUGAGUUGGAAGUGGAUAAGACUCCUAGCCACAACCAGUCUUCAAGGAUAUGAUGUAUUUGUACUUGGAUACUUUCAGUUGAAUACUAGUAUCCCAAGUAGCUUUGUAACCCCUACUUGUCCUGUUGGGUCAGUAAGUCCGCACCCUUAGUGAGCAAUUGAGCUGGUCUCAAUCACAAUGUUUCUGACAUAGGGAGAAGAGAUUUUGUUUCAGUUCUAUUUAUGUUACCUGUAACCUUGAAGUGGCCUUUGGGUCUUGUGAGGUGGGGACAAUUGAGUAAAAAGAAAUUUAAAAUACAAUCCUUGCCACAUCUUUAAGUUGAAAUCCUUGUCACAUCUUUUGGUGUAAAGGGCAGUGUCCAUCUCCACUUCUAUAGCCCUUGGGCCACACAGUGGCACAAGCACUACAGCAGGGGGCUGUUAGUCCACUAUUAGUGGUGUGUGCAACCUCCUUGAACCAUCUUUAUUGUCUACCUUACACUUUCUCCUGAGUGCUAAGCAGAGAAAGUAGUUUGUACCAUUUGUUAAGUCUUUGGUAUGACCUGGACUUUAAAAACAGUGUUCAGGAAAAACACAGCAUGUGCCAGGGGUACUGUAAACGUCUAUAAAUUUGCAGUGAUUUUAUGGUAGGGAGAAAGUGAAGUCAGAAUAUGGCAAGAAUAAGUCAGACCAAAAUUUGUGUGCCCUUUAUAAGGUCACAGUGGAGAGGUCAUCAUGAAAAUUGUGAACCUCAGCAACCAUUUCCCCUUUUAUAGUAACUGCAGCCAAAUGUUAACCUGUCUUGCUUGAUAUAUAAAAUAUAAUCAGGGAAAAUGGGACUUCUACUUCCAUAUAUAUGCCAACAUAUAUAUAUA